GGACGCAAAAGGCCCUGGGCGAGAGAGGCUGUGGGCUUUCUCUGCACAGAACUCCAGGCUGCCCGCCUCCUCCGCCUGCACCACCAGCUGGAUCCCACCCCAGCGGUGCCCCCAUCCCAUGGGGAAGGGGCAGAGGAGGGAGCUGGCAUGGUUCGGGAACUGAUCCUUAUCCUCCAAGCCCUGGGGCUGCUCAGACCUUCGCUGGGGACCCUCGCCAGCAGGCUGCUGUGGGAGUUGCAUGCCAAGGUCUCAGAGCUUCUGCCUUCCCUGCCCUCAGGAUCCCUGCAGCCCCUUCUAAGCUACCCACUAGACGCACCCAGAUGGGAAGCAUUGGAGUCCCUGUGCCAACGCCUGGGCGAUCAGUACUGCUGCCGCCGUAGCCUCCUCCUAAAGCGCCUGGACCUCACGAUAUCUGCAUUCCACUGGAGUGAUCGGGCAGAGGCCCAAGGGGAGGCCAUGAAGGCAGUGCUGAUCCCAAUUCGAGAGACUAUGACCCCAGAAUCGGAUGUCUCCAUUGCACACAUCCUGGCUGCCCGAGCUGAUCUGUCUCGUCUUGUUCCAGCCACAAGCAAGGCUGCCCGCCAAGGGACCAUCUGUGCCAUCAACAAGGUGCUUAUGGGCAAUGUGCCAGACCGAGGGGGACGUCCAAAUGAGUUGGAGGCUCCUAUGCCCAGCUGGCAGAGCAGAAGAGAGAAUGGAGGCGGGUGGAAGGCAGGCCGCCACUGCUGGGGCGAUAAGAAGAAGAAGAAGAAGAAGAAAUAAAGGGGGACUGGGUCCUCUAUGAGAUGCUGAUACCAUUGGUAAUCUCUGGGAAGUCAAUUUGAGGGUGUUUCUUGGCACCUGGCACCCAGGCGCCACAUCUCCUAUUCCUGAGGCCCUAAUUUUCCCCCCUUCUCCGCCCCCCCCCCAUCCACCAUUUAACAUCAAGGACCAUGUUCUCUGGAAAAUAAAUUUAAUUUAUGACA